AUGACCACCAGGAGAAAGAUGCAACUUUCCUUCAUUGCCAAUAACAUUGCAAGGAAAGCUACAUUCAGGAAAAGGAAGGGUGGUUUGGUAAAAAAGAUGCACGAAAUAACCACCCUAUGUGGGAUCGAAGGGUGUGUCAUCAUAAAUGACAAGAGUGAUCCUCAACCAACGGUUUGGCCCUCAGAGGAAGGUGCUCGAAAGACUAUCGAAAGGUUCAGGAGCCUUCCGAUAGACGAGCAAAAUAAGGGGACGGUGAAUCAGGAGAGUUUCACCAAACAAAGGCUCGAGAAGAUGGAAGAGAAGGUGAAGAAGCUGAGAGGAGAAAACCGAGAGAAGGAGGUGACGCUGAAAAUGUACGAAAGCAUGUGUGGUGACCCGUUGGUAGUGUCCUCCACUCUUAAUGCAAAUGAGUGUGAGGAGGUGAUCAAUAUGCUGAGCCGACACAUAAUGGAAAUGGACAUUGCUAUGGAGACUGUCCGUAACCGUAACGAGGCUUCGUCUUCCAAUCCCCUCCCCUAG